GGAGCCGCCCCCACCGGGACCGGUGCUCGGCGAGGAGAGUCCCCGGAGCCUGGGGGGGGGGAACCCCGGGAACCCGGGUUGUGCCCCCCCCGUCCCCGCUGCAGGGGUCGGAUUUUUGGUUGUGGGGUGACGCCACCCACCUGGGACCCCCACAUUUCCCCCCGGGACUCCCCCGUCCCCCCAUUUUUUGGGGCCACCAUGCAGGAGAACUACGAGAACGUCAUUUCUUUGGCGGAGGAGAUCGCCAUCAGUUGGCCGCGCAUCACCGCCUUCGCCGAGUCCCACCGGAGACGGGGGCUGGUGUCGGGCGUGGAAGCGGAGGGGGAACAGGGUCAACCGGAGCCCACCCAGAUCCAGCCGUCGCCGGGGGCCAGCGACGGGGGGGUGAACCCCGAUUUACGCCGUCAGUUGGGGCUGAUCCUGCAGACGGCCGGCCGGACCCAGGUGGAGAAGAUGCUGCGGGAGCUGGUGCGGGAACAGGGGCAGGGGGGGAAACGCCGGAACCGCAAGAAAACGCCCAAAGACGGAGGCGCCGGGAGCGGGACGGAGGAGGAUUCAGCACCGCGGGACGGCGAGGAGACGGCACUGGAGGACGCCGACCAACGGCAAAGCGGGGGACAAGCGGGUGAACCCCCCGUCGCCGGUAAAGGGAAUGGGGGCAAGAAGGGUGGAGCGGCGUUGCCGGCAUCCCAGGGUGGUUGUGCCGAAUGCGGGAUGCGGAACCGGUCGCAGAGUCCGGCAAAGCCGCGGCGGUGCACCGAGUGCGGGCGGCGGUGCCGGCAAUCGGCCCGGCAGACGGAACGCGGCAGGGAGAAGCUGCACCGGUGCGGUGACUGCGGCAAAGGCUUCAGCCGAGGGUCCAACCUCGCCCAGCACCGGCGUAUCCACACCGGCGAACGGCCUCACCGUUGCGGUGAUUGCGGCAAAGGCUUCAUCCAACGCUCCGACCUGGAGCGGCACCGGCGGGUGCACACCGGCGAACGGCCGUAUCCUUGCGGUGACUGCGGCAAACGGUUCAGCGUCAGCUCCCACCUCGACCGGCAUCGCCGUACCCACACCGGUGGACCCGGUCCACCCGCCCAACCCCGCACCCGCCCUCGACCGCCUCCGUCGGAGGGGUCGCCGGCUCCUCACCGCUGCCCCGAAUGCGGCAAGAGCUUCGCCCAACGCUCCGCCUUGGCCAAACACCGUAAGACCCACAGCGGCGAACGGCCUCACCGCUGCGGCGACUGCGGCAAGAGCUUCAGCCGAGGCUCCAACCUCACCCAACACCGGCGCAUCCACACCGGCGAACGGCCCUUCGCUUGCGGCGAUUGCGGCAAAGGUUUCAUCCAACGCUCCGAUCUGGAACGGCACCAACGGGUACACACCGGCGAACGACCCUACACCUGUGCCGAAUGCGGCAAGAGCUUCAGCGUCAGCUCCCACCUCGACCGGCACCAGAAGAUCCACGCGGCCGAACGGGCGUCCUACCGCUGCCCCGAACAUCUAGCCGGCUUCUUGGCCGCUCACCGUCACGGUCGCCUCUUCCAAUGCGCCCAAUGCGGGCGAUGUUUCGGUCAAGGCGCCGCGUUGCUCAAACAUCAACGCGCCCACGGGGCCGGAGGAACCGUGGGGCAGCCCCCCAAGUGCCCGGAUUGCGGGAAGAACCGGGGCGGCACGGUGGGGUUACGUCCCCGUGGUCAGCAAUGUAUGGAUUGCGGGCGGGAGUCGGAUACCGGCGACGGCGAGACGGCACCGGCUGUACCGCCGGAGAAACCCUACAAGUGCGGGGAAUGCGGGAAGGGUUUUGGGCAACGCUCGGCGCUGGUCAAACACCGGCGUAUCCACACCGGAGAGAAACCCUACGCCUGCGGGGACUGCGGGAAGGGUUUCAUCCAGAAGUCGGACCUGACCAUCCAUCGCCGGAUGCACACCGGGGAGAAACCCUACCGCUGCGGCGAGUGCGGCAAAUGCUUCAGCGUCUCCUCCAACCUCAUCACCCACCAACGCACUCACCUCGGCGAGAAACCCUACCAGUGCCCCGAGUGCGGCAAGAGCUUCAUCCAACGCUCCGAGCUCACCAUCCACCAACGCGUCCACACCGGCGAGAAGCCCUACAAGUGUCCCGAGUGCGGCAAGUGCUUCAGCCGUAGCUCCCACCUCAACCGCCACCAACGCACCCACGCCGGGGACAAGCCCAAAGCCGCCGCCGCUGCCGCCGCCGCCGCCAACCCCUCCGGCGCCUUCACCGGCGCCACCUUCUCCCCGCCGCUGGGCGGCUCGGCGGCCCCCAUCCCCUCGCUGCCCUCCUUCCCUGCCUCCCCCUCGCCCCUGCCCAUCCCGUCCCUCUCCAGCUCCCCCCUGGACCUGCCGUGGGCCCUCUCCUUCCCCGCCCGCGCCUUCCCCCACCCCUCCUUCCCCCCGGCACCCGCCUCGGGGGCCCAGACCUCCUCCCUCAUCAACUGAGCGGUGCCCGGCCCUGGCUCCAUCCUCCUCCUCCCAACCUCCCCAGCCGCUCGCCCAACGCCCAACGCCCAACCUGGGUUGACCUCAAAGACCUGGUGUUGGGGGACUUGUUCCUGCCCGGAGCCGUUCAGCCUUUGUGGCUAAUUAAGGAUCUCUCUCUAAUUAGAGGAUGGGGAAGUCCCCUUCGUUCCGUGGCUCCAUCCUCCUCCUCCUCCCAACCUCCCCAGCCGCUCGCCCAACGCCCAACACCCAACUUGGGUUGACCUCAGAGACCCGGCCUUGGUGGGGGGGGGGCUCGUUCCUGCCUGGAGCCGUUCAGCCUUCAUGGGUAAUUAGUGAUCUGUCUAAUUAGAGGAUGGGGAAGUCCCCCUUAUGCCGUGGCUCCAUCCUCCUCCUCCCAACCUCCCCAGCCGCUUGCCCAACGCCCAACUUGGGUUGACCUCAAAGACCCAGCGUUGGGGGCUUGUUCCUACCUGGAGCUGUUCAGUCUUGGUGGCUAAUUAAUGACCUAAUUAGGGGAUGAAGCAGCUCCAACCCUGACCGCAGCACCAGCUCCAUCCUCUUCCCAACCUCCCCAGGGCACUCGCCCAACACCCAACCGGAGUUGGCCUCAAAGACCCAUCGUUGGGGGGCUUCUUCACGCCCUGAGCCAGUCAGCCUUGGUGGCUAAUUAACGAUCAAUCUAAUUGGGGAUGAGGGAGCUCCUCCACCCCCGGCCACGGUCCUGGCUCCAUCCUUCUCCCAACCUCCUGCCCAACACCCAACUUGGGUUGACCUCAAAGACCCAUCCUUGGGGAUCUUGUUCCUGCCCAGAGCCAUUAAGCCUUGGUGGCUAAUUAACAAGCUAAUUAGGGGAUGUUGGACACACCCCAUCCCUUAAAUUUUUUCCACUCUUUUUACCAAAUUACUGCCUUUCCACAGCAGGAAGAUGUGUCCCUUCCCCAAGCCAACGUCCCCACAGCAGACAGGGGACGGCACCACCCCCCCCCCCCGAUUUUAGGGCAGAGGGAAGCGAAUAAAAUCAAUUCCCCACCUAAUUAAGAUGACUUUUAACGAACUUCUCCCACCCCUUCCUCCUCCCCCUGUAAUUUUAAAGCACCACCAAGUGCAACCCAAAACAUACCAAAUUUAUCCUAGGUGGGAACUGGUAAAAACUGAAGCAGAAAAGGGUUUUUUGGGGGUUUUCUCCCCCUUUUUCUGCUGGGUUUCACGCUUUGGGGCAGAUUAUUUUGGGGGGGGUGGGGGGGGCUGAGUCCUAUCUGGGCAAAAUUGCUCUGGUUUUUUUUUUUUUUUUUACUGCUGUCACGUGUCUUGUUUGUGGUUUUUUCGGCAUGGCCGGUGAUGCUGCUCCCCAAGUG